AUGGCUACGCGAUACGCGCAGGCUUCAACUGGCAGUCCAGUAGGCGUUGGCGACGAAGCAAGUGAUAAUCAAGGCGAACGAUAUGAAAGUCCCGUGCUGUUAACAGGAACAUCCACUCCAGCAGGCAUUGGUUCAUGGGUUUCGCUUUCCCCUAAUAUUCAUACUUCUGAUUCAGAUCUCGAGGCAUACCAAGCUGAUAACGACGACGACUUAAUAUCUGAUUCCCCAGUAGAAGAUCAGGAAGAGAGACCUCGUGGUGUGUUGAAUCUUCCUAGAAAUAUAGAAAUCGAACAAGAAGAGGCUCUAAGAGCAAGUCUAUCAACAAUACUCGCCUCCUCAGAAAGACCAAGAUUCCGCCAAGCCCGCGAACGUGAACUCCGCGCCCGAACAGCAAAUCGCUUUCGUACACUCGCCACUAAUCCCACAAAUCCCUCACCUUUAUUCUUCCCUCGUGACACAUCUCCACACUUUAAUUCCACAUCAGUAGUCACGAAUGAUACUUCAACAUCUGCAUCAUCCUCAACCGCACAUAAAUAUGUGCAGCCAAUAAUUCACCACCGCACAAGCGUCCGACACAGUCGUGGAUCAGUGUCACCACCGUUCCAAGAUAAAGCUGAAGCUAUGAUCGAGCGUAGUUUCAACACUAGCCAUUCACCUCGUAUUGUCUAUUCUGCCCCAUCAUCGCCACCGACGACGUCGUUCCUGGAGACCGGCAGUGACCAAUUGACUAAAAGUGAUGAUGAAGAGGAAGAGCAAGAAGAGAGCUAUGUUUCUGAAUCAUCCAAGAGCAGGCGUCGGAAUCUGAACAGACAACAAGAUGAAGAGGAUGGGCAAAGUAAGACUAGCAAUAGUACGAGUGAAUACGAAAGCGUUUCUUCGCUGUCGUUGGAUGAAAUCAGCAUUUCGAAGUCUGCGCGGAAAAAUUGGAAGAAGGAAAGUGGACAUAGUGUUGAUGGAAGUAGCGACGAUGGGAAUAAGUGGUAUAGCGGAGAUAUUACCGUCAAGGUGUGGACGGCAGCAGUUAUAUCCGGAGUACUACUGGGUGCUGGUUUCGGUGCCGGAUCACUAUGGCGUGGAUCAAGAGCUGGUCACUAUACUGCCACACCCGCUUAG